AUGAAUGCAUUUGCAGACUCAGCUCAAGAUCCAUCUUCAGCUGUUCAGGUCGUUUUAGAAAAUUCUCUCUCUAAUGAUCAACCUUCUGCUUCCAGCCUUGGUGUCCAUCCAGUGGAAACCCCAACAGUGGAUACAAGGUUCUAUUCCUUCGGCCAUUCAGGUGAUAGACCACCCUCUCUUUGUAUAGCAGUUAUAGGGGCCACUGGUGAGCUAGCGAGGAGCAAGGUUUUCCCUGCAUUGUUUGCUCUGUUCUACAGCGGCUUUCUCCCUGAGGUCAUGCUUCUUUCAUAUUUGCACCAACUUUAUUGCUAAUUACAGAGAGUUGACUUCUAGAUACAUACUAUUUUCUGCAAUUGGCUUUCACUCAUCAUCUGCCAUAGAUACGAAUUUAUUUUUAUUUUUAUUUUAUUGGGCGCAGAAUGUUGGUAUAUUUGGCUAUUCAAGGAAACCGCUGACAGAUGAAGACCUGCGGAAAUUAAUUGCGGAGACAUUGACUUGCCGGGUAGAUCACAAGUACGUCCAUCCUCAUUUAUCAUGGCAGAAAAUGGACCCAAACCAUCUGUUUUCUUUUAGAACUUCACACUAAGAUUCUUUAGUUUUGGUCAACGCUUUUGACUGAAGAUAGGCAACGGUCAGAUAACUUUUUAGUUUACAUUAUGAUCAAGAAUCUGGGGCUACCUUACGGAAUUUAGAACUUUUCUUGAACAGUGAAAAAUGCGGAGAUAAACUGAACGACUUUCUCGGGAGAACAUACCACAUCAAUGCACGCCAUGAUAACAAGGAAGGGAUGAGGACGCUCAAUUCUCGUAUGGAAUCAAUUGAAGUAAGUCUGUGGGUAGAUUGUUUUUUUUAUUGGGAUUAUCCAUAUCCAGCAAGUCCGUUUUUUUUCCCGUAAUUAGCCUUUUCUUUUCAGGGUAAUCAUGAGGCAAACAGGAUAUUCUACCUCUCGGUGCCGCAAGAAGCCCUCUCGGAUGUCUCAUCGUGCCUCGCUGACUUUGCCCAAACCCAGAAGGGCUGGAACAGGAUAAUCAUCGAGAAACCAUUUGGUUUCGAUGCGGCGUCAUCCCGCCAGUUGACUUCCUCUCUCUUGUCCAAGUUUGAGGAGAAACAGAUCUACAGGUCAUCAUCUUCACCGAGGGCAAUGAUUAAAUGAUUUCAGUCAUUUGUCAUAUAAGUAUCUGGGCCCCUGAUUUAUGAACUAAUCCCAGAAACACUACCAUAAUAUCAUGUCUUGGUCCAGAUAAAUCGUUUAUGUAUAUUGUUUGACUUUUCGUAAUAUCUCCAGGAUCGAUCAUCUGCUGGGGAAGGAUCUGAUCGAGAACCUCACCGUUUUGAGGUUCUCGAACCUUGUCUUCGAGCCCCUGUGGAGCCGAACUUAUAUACGUAAUGUGCAGGUACACCUGCUUCCACUUUUAUAUCCCCCAGGCGGCGGAUUCCCCCCCUCUUAUUGAUGUCGUUUAUUGAUUUCUGGCUUGGUGCAGGUUAUCUUAUCUGAAGACUGCGGCAUAGAGAGUCGGAGAAGGUUGUCAUCAUGAACCAAUCUUGCCCAUUUAUUCGUUCAUUUAUUCGUUUUAUAAUGUCCACAGGCUGGUCAAACCCCAUGAGCCAAUUGACCAAGCAUGGAGAAAUGCUGGUCAACGGUGGUUUCGUGCCUGGGAUUUAGAGAACUGGUCCUCGAGUUCUUGGAAUCUCAAUCAAUAUGAACCCAUCACUUCAAGUUUCAUCUUUUUUUAUUUUUUUAAUCCUCCGAUUAUUUAUUUUUAUUUAUUUUUCCCUCCGAGCAGAUACUUCGAUGGGUACGGGAUAAUCAGGGACGUGGUCCACAGCCACAUCCUCCAGACGAUCGCGCUGUUCGCCAUGGAGCCGCCUGUGAGCCUCGACGGGGAGGACAUUCGGAAUGAGAAGGUGAGUCAAGUCAAACUUCCACCUCCCCUCUUCAGGGGUUGACUAUUUCAGUUCGGGCCCAAGGUUUUAAUAUAAGAAAUCUCUUACUCAGGUCAAGGUGCUUAGUCUUAAUCUUUAAUCUAAGAAAUAUCUAAUUCAGGUCAAGGUCCUCAAGUCAAUCAGAAAGCUGGAGCUCGGUGAUGUCGUGCUGGGCCAGCACAAAGUCAACCCUUCGGUGAUGCACGGGGAGUAUCUGACAUCUCUGACGCCGACUUUCUUCGCCGCCGCGCUCUACAUAGACAACGCCCGGUGGGACGGCGUGCCUUUCCUCAUCAAGGCCGGGAUGGGCCUCAUCAAGCACAGGUCAACCCCGCUUCUUAAAAAAAAAUUACACCCAAAGUGUGACGUGUGACUUCGGAUUUUCGUUUACUUUGGAGUUGACUUUCGCGGUGGGACAGGGUGGAGAUCCGCAUCCAGUUCAAUCACGUGCCGGGGAACAUCUACAGGGAGCGGAUCGGCCACAACAUCGACCUGACCACCAACGAGCUCAUCCUCCGUGACGCCCCCGGCGAGGCCAUCUUCCUCAAGAUCAACAACAAGGUCCCCGGCCUCGGCCUCCAGCUAGACGCCUCCGAGCUCAACCUCCUCUACCGGGACAAGUAAGUCAUCUCCUUCUCCUCCUCCACUCCGCCACCGCCGCCGCCGCCGCCGCCGGCGGCCGACCUGCAACUCCGGCGGUGAUGUGGGUUUUUUUCUGAAGGUACAACGUGGAGGUGCCGGACUCGUACGAACACCUGCUGCUGGACGUGGUCGACGGCGACGCCCACCUCUUCCUGCGGAGCGACGAGCUCGAGGCGGCGUGGGAGCUCCUCACGCCGGUCCUCCACGAGAUCGACGAGCAGACAGUGUCACCGGAGCUGUACGAGUUCGGCGGCCGAGGCCCCGUCGGCGCCUACUACCUCGGCGCCAAGCACGGCGUCCGGUGGGCCGACGACUAG